AUGAAAAAUUCAAGAAUUAAAGCCAAACAAAGAUCCCAGUUGCGUUCUUGAAAAUGGGCACAGAUUCUCUGUGACAAAAAGUUAAAGAAGUGAGUAAGUUUGUGGAGACAGGAAAGAGAGAGUGUGUAGAGAUUUGUCCGUCAUUCUCCGUUGCGUGGAUCUCGGGUCUCUCUCUUCAGAACCGAGCUGUAUGUAAUGCCGGUGAAGUGGUCAAUUCUUGAAUUCUGAUCGGAACAUGAAGAAUGAUGUGAAUACAUUCGGCAAAUGUUCCUUGAAGUAGACCUUCUUAGGGGAGUGGUUGAGAUUAAUCAAUAGUUUGACUCUUUCAAUCAUACCUUGGGGCAUAGAAUAUGCCUCAAGACAGUCUGAGAUCUGUUGUUUAUAGAUCAUUUGUCACAUGCGACGAUCCAAAAGGUGUGGUGGAAUGUAAGACAAUUAGAAAAUCCAAGAGUGAUUCCAGGAAGAUGGAAGAAAAAAUGAAAAAUCAGAGAAUACAACAGACUUCGGAUACCUCGACUUCUUUUGAGGAAGAAAGGAAGGACAAAGUCCAUAAAGGGUCCAAAGAGGAGUUACUUCAGAUCAUGGAGGUAUCGAGAGGAGCGCAGAAACUGAAUGAAGUAAUUGAUUCGUGGUCAAACAGGACAAGCUUUGACAAGCAGUCUAAGUGUAUUGCUAAAGACUUGUUGAAAGGUGCUCUUGAUCUCCAGGAGUCUCUCUCUAUGCUCAGUAAGUUGCAGGAAGCUUCAGAGUACAUCGCUAAAUCGAAGAAAAUGCAUAAGGAGAAGGAUGUGGGAGGAAGGGUCGACGUAGGCACUGAAUUUAUGGAUUCCGAUCCAUUUGGAGAUUAUGAUAAGGGAAUGGAUUUACAGAAACCAAGAAUUUCUACGAGCGGGUUUUCCAGAGAUUGCUAUGAUGAGCUUAGGGAAGUAAUAAGAGAAAGUUUUGCCAGGCAAAAUUUGUUGCCAAAAGUUUCGCCUAAAGAAAAAGAUUUUCUUGACAGGAAAAGCUUAGACUUAUGUGUGGAUAUUCCAUCCUCCAGUUCAAGCCAUUCUUCAUUGAUUCACUCUCACUCUUCUAGCUGUUCUCCAUCAAAAAUUCAACAUGAGAAGACAAAAGGGUCCAACUUAAUUGCCAAGCUUAUGGGUCUGGAAGAAGUGCCCCGAAAAGCUGUGAAUUCCGUAGUCUAUAAACAGGUGGAGAAGGAAAAGCUUUCAAAUCAGAGAGCCUAUCUACUUGAUAUCGAUUUGCCUAGGGCAAGGAAGCCUCAGUUCAUGGUUCAGAAAGUGGUCCAAGAAAGAAGAACACUAGAAGAAAUGAUUGAGACAAUGCAGUUUAAAGGACUUCUUGUAAGAAAGUCAAUUGAUGGAUCCAACUAUGGCAAAGAUCGUUCUAAUGUUUCUUUCUUGAGAAAGAGUUUAGCUGUUGAGGGUCCACCCAUUGUGAUUAUGAAGCCUCGACAUGUUCAUGACCUCCGGGCAGAAGAGCCUUACUACAGCACAAAAGGAAAACCUAUCAAGAGUAGACAAAUGCCUAGAAAUAUGAGGGAAGAGUUUCGAUAUAAUGCAGUUGAAGUUCCAAGAGGACAAUUGAAGUUCACCGAGACGAAUGAGAAAUUGCAAGCAGGAAGAUCUCCAAAGCAGAAGCUCAAUAAGAAUAAGGAAGGUAAACAUGCUGGAGAGUCACCGGCAAGACCAAUCAAGAAAACUCUAGACAUCCAAGAGAGCCGCUCUUCAACAAAGAUAAACCAUUCCAGGCCUCUGGUCCCAAGAGCGCAAAAGAAGGAAACAAUUGUGAAGCAAAAGAUUGAGGGCAUACCAAAAGUGGCUUCUAAUAUGAAGAAACAAGCAGAAAGAAAAGAUGGCAAGUCUCAAGAGUGUAGCGAAACUAAAGAUCUAGGCAAAACUAGCACUUUGAGGCUUAGCCCAACUACGAAGGGAUCUAAUGUCUCAAAAUAUCGGAUCACACGAGGAAAGGCUACAGUCUCAGAUAAACACAUACACAUGCAAUCAACAGCUCUUGAAUCCAGUAUCUCAAAGAAGAAUUUGCAGAAAGGCAAAUCCGACUGCAAGCCCUCAGUUGAAAAUUUGCAAAGUGGUGACAAUUUGCCAAUCAAAGUUGCGACUAACAUCCACGGACCAUUGACGAAGAGUACAACAAUAGAACAAAUCACUGACAAAGCUGCAAGGGAUUCUCAUGAUCCUAUAUCUGAUAAUUCUGGAAAUGCACCAGGGUCUCCUUGCGAGUCUUCUGAGCCGACAAUUGAGGAUGAUGUCAAUUAUGGUGAAGAUGGCAGCUGUAUUCCUCGUCUUAAAUUGGACGAUAUGAAAGACUGCAAAAGCAUAACCCAUAUAAGAUACUUACUUUUAAGCAGUGUGUCAUUUCUCAAUCGUGCGGAUGAGCUCUUUGAUCUUGGAACAUGUGACCCUAGACUCUUGCAAACUGCUCGGUCACCUGAUCGGGAAAUGCUUGACGCUUCCCUUUUACUAGAGUGUGCAAAAGAAAUACUGGAGCUUAAAAGCCUGCACUGCACAAGGACGGUAAACCCAUUAUCACAGAACCUCCGUAAGAAGCCCAAAUGCCAUCUAUCACUCGAACAGUUAGUAGGGGAGAUCACCGAUGUGAUUGAGGACUUGAGAAACUAUAGUAAAUCUUGUUGUGAGCCCAUUCUUGUGGAUAGUAUCAAUUCAAUGUUGGAAAGAGAUCUUCGGUGGAACGGAAAGUUGAUAUGUGCUUGGGAUUCGGGAUGGAAGAACGGAUUGACUCUGGAUGAAGUUAAUGCAGUGGUGACUGAUGUAGAGAAACUAGUUUUCAGUGAAAUAGUAGAUGAUUUAGUUACAGAACUUAUGUGUUAGUAAUUUGUACAAAUGCUGUUGGCGCGUAGUUUCCACGUCAAAUAGUUUUCAGUAUAUAACUUAGGGAAGCCAAAGACUGUAAGAAUAUUGAGUUAUAUGGUCUCCUAUAGUAGCUGAUUGCUUGAUUCACAUGUUAA